AGGGGCCAUAAUAGCUCCUAUGUGGUCUUCCUUGAAAGAACCCUCCGUAAACACAUUGAAUCCGAGAUACUUUCUCACUGAUUAUUUUCUUCCUACCAAACUACAGAAAAGCUUGUAGCCACAGACAUGAAUAUACAUGGUGGGUCUCAAUUUUUCUUUUCAAACCACCAUUAUAAGACUUCACGCUUAACUUAUUACAAACAUCUUUCUCACUCCCGCUCCAUAUGUGCUUCUUCAUUACCUCUCUAAACCAAAUAAUGAAAGUACAGAGAAAUACAAAAAUGCAACUCCUCCUGUCCCUUCUGAUUAUGUGCCUUCUCCACGUCCAUCCAACCCUCUCCGGCGGAUAUCUCCUCUCGGAAUACAGAGCCCUCCUCUCCAUCAAGUCCUCCAUGACUGAUGACCCACAAUCAGCUCUUUCUAUGUGGAACACCUCCACUAGCCACUGCACCUGGUCGGGUAUCACAUGCCACCCUUCCCGUCAUCGCGUGACCAUCCUCGACCUCUCAGACCUUCGUCUCUCUGGUACUCUCUCCCCUGACCUGGCUCAUCUCCGUUUCCUCUCCAACCUCUGCGUCGCCUCCAAUCAACUCUCCGGGGCCAUCCCCGCCGAGCUCUCUUCCCUCUCUGCCCUCCGCGUCCUCAAUCUCUCCGACAAUCGCUUCAACGGCAGCUUCCCCUCCCAGCUCUCCCUCCUCAAGAACCUUCAGGCUUUGGAUCUCUCUCACAACCGCAUGACAGGUGACUUGCCCUUGGCCGUCACUCAAAUGCCCAACUUGCGCCAUUUGAAUCUAGGUGGUAACUACUUCUCAGGUCGGAUAACGCCCCAGUUCGGGCAAUGGGAGUUCCUGGAAUACUUGGCCGUAUCCGGUAACAGGCUCCAAGGUCCUAUACCGCAGGAGAUAGGAAACUUGACGAACCUCAGGGAGCUCUACAUUGGACAGUACCCCAAUAUGUACGAAGGUGGCAUACCCCAAGAGAUCGGGAACCUAUCGGAACUAGUUCGUUUCGAAGCCAACGACUGUCUUAACUUAUCCAGUGAGAGCUUCCCCUCCCAGCUCUCCCUCCUCAAGAACCUUCAGGCUUUGGAUCUCUCUCACAACCGCAUGACAGGUGACUUGCCCUUGGCCGUCACCCAAAUGCCCAACUUGCGCCAUUUGAAUCUAGGUGGUAACUAUUUCUCAGGUCGGAUAACGCCCCAGUUCGGGCAAUGGAAAUUCCUAGAAUACUUGGACGUAUCCAAUAACGAACUCGGAGGUCCUAUACCGCAGGAGAUAGGAAACUUGACCAACCUCAGGGAGCUCUACAUUGGGUACUCAAAUAAGUAUGAAGGUGGCAUACCCUCGGAGAUCGGGAACCUAUUGGAACUAGUUAUUUUCGAAGCCAGAGACUGUAACUUAUCUGGCGAGAUACCACCGGAGAUCGGGAACUUGGUGCGCUUGAAAUCCUUGGACUUGUGGUAUAAUGUUUUUACAGGCGAGAUACCACCGGAGAUCGGGAACUUGGUGAGCUUGAAAUCCUUGGACUUGUCGUAUAAUGUUUUUACAGGUGAGAUUCCAGCGUCGUUUGCCGAGCUGAAGAGCUUGAGGCUGCUGCAAUUGUCUGGAAACAAACUCCACGGCGCUAUUCCUGAGUUUAUUGGCGACAUGCCGGAGCUGGAGGUGUUGGAGUUGUGGUUGAACAACUUUACCGGGAUCAUUCCUCAGAGGCUGGGAAAGAAUGGGAAGCUUCAGCUUCUUCAUCUUUCAUGGAAUAAACUGAAUGGUACUCUGCCUCCUGAUAUGUGUUUUGGGAAUCGGCUUGAGGUUCUGUUUACUGAGGGAAAUUUAUUGUUCGGUCCAAUCACGGACUCACUCGGGAGGUGCGAGUCGCUGAAUGAUAUCCGAAUGGGGCACAACUUUCUCAACGGUUCAAUGCCAAGAGACCUUUUCGGUUUGCCCAAUCUCAGCAUCGUGGUGCUGCAGAAUAACCGUCUGACCGGGAAGUUUCCCAUUUCCUCAAGGAAUAAUUCUCAAUUGUGGGCAGUAGAUAUUUCUGACAACAUGAUUCAUGGGGAAAUACCUAGUUGGAUCUGGAGACUUCCUUAUCUUCAGAUUUUGAAUCUUUCUCAUAAUUGUCUAGAGACUCUAGAUGUGAAUUUAAAUGCUCCCAACACUUCCCAAUCCUCGUUGAGCCUCCUAGACCUUCACUCCAACCAGCUCCAAGGUCAACUUUUAACUCUCCCAUUGCAUUUUCUAAACGUCUAUGAAUUCUUCACUGUUUCAAGGAAUAAAUUUGACGGGACUAUUCCUACGUCACUAUGCAGCGCUACCAAUCUUGAUGCUCUAGACUGGUCCCAUAAUCACUUGAUUGGCACUAUUCCCCAAUGCUUAAUUGAAAUGAGUAAAAAUCUAAGCGUGAUGGAUUUAGGGGGAAACAAUCUUACUGGAUUAAUUCCUGAUUCUUUUUUCAGACUACUCAUGUUCUUUACAAACUUUGGUUCUGAAUGGAAAUCAACUGGAAGGAGAGCUACCAAAAUCCCUAGCCAAGUGCAAUACAUAUUUGAAGGUUUUAGACGUUGGGAACAACCGCAUUCAGGAUACCUUUCCAUGUUAUUUGAAGAGCAUAGACACAUUGCGAGUCCUUAUUUUGCGAUCUAAUCAAUUUUAUGGGUCUAUUAAUUGUCUAGACGCUAAUACCACCUGGUCCAACCUUCAAAUUUUAGACCUGGCCUCAAACCAUUUUGUUGGUAAGUUUCCAAUACGUUACUUUUCUAGCUGGAAGGGAAUGAUAGUAACCGAAAAUAAUGCUGGACUUGACUAUUAUGUAAGUUAUGCCUCCACGAAGAAGGCAGUGCCAGUUUACAUCUCUCAAAUUAGGGUCAAUCUUACAUUAAAAGGUCAAGAAUUGGAGUUGGUGAAGGUCCUAACUAUCUACACCUCACUUGACCUGUCGUGCAACAGUUUUGACGGACAUAUACCUGCGGAAAUAGGAGAAUUCAAAGACCUAUAUGCCCUCAACUUAUCUCACAAUGCUUUUACAGGUCAAAUCCCACAAGCUUUAGGAAACAUUACUGCUCUUGAGUCACUAGACUUGUCGAGCAACAAGCUUAUUGGAGAGAUUCCUCUCCAACUUGCAUAUGGUCUUAUUUUCCUGUCAACCCUUAACCUUUCGUUCAAUCAAUUGGUGGGAAAGAUUCCACAGAUCAAGCAAUUUACUACAUUUACAGAAAGUUCAUUUGAAGGAAAUAUACGGUUAUGUGACUUUCCCAUGAAAGAAAAAUGCAUACCUGAAGAAUUGGGACCGCCACCUCCUCCAUCUAAAGAAUCUCACUGGAAUUCAAUUGAUUGGGACUUCUUAAGUGUUGAAUUGGGAUUUGUUUUUGGCUUCGGGAUUUUAUUGGACCUCUUAUAUUUUGGAAGAGGUGGAGGAAACGCUACUAUAAACAUGUCGACGACAUUGUUUUUAAGAUGUUCCCUCGGACAUACUUAAGAAUAGAGAAUCAUCGAAGGCGAGCACACAGGAAUCAAGGACGACAAGCACGAAGGAAUCAAGGUGGGAGGGAUUAGUGACAGUUACGAGGAGCAAUGCUCAAUGACGUCAGGGAGGUUGCUGGUUUUUCUGCUAUUGUCAGAUUCUCAAGGUGAAGAUGUCAACAUUGAAGUUUCUUUUAUGUCCAAACAGGCCGCCUUCUAUUUGGGAUCAAGUGACAAUCUAUAGUAGAAAGAUGCCCCAAUAAAUGCACUCUGUGUUUCUUUGUAUUACAUAUUAGGCCAUGCCUUGUUUUAGUGUAUUCUGCAAUGUUUUAAUUUCCGGUGAUGGGCUGAUUUUGUUGAAUUCUAUGUGGAAUUGUGAAUGCGAAUUGUGGAAUUUUUGGUGAUAGAUAAUUAUUAUUAUCAAAUUAGAAGAAAAAAAUAUUAUUAAAUUAUUAAUAUUUUAUUACUAUUUUAGCUAAUA